ACAUAGCUUCUACGCCACCUACUGCAAGACUGUGCUGACAAGCUCAUGCAUUGCUUAGAGCACUCCCAGCCUAUCAUUGUUCCAGAGCUGAAUAAAAGCGCUUUUAGAAGAAAUCUCUAUACAAAACAAAGAAGAGCAAGGCAAGAAAGCAAUCUCAAGAAUGGAGCACAAAACAAACAGGCGUGAAAUGGAAUACGACAAAAAAAGCAAGGACUCAGAAGGCACCGAUCAAGGCAAGAAUUGUAAAAUGUCUCCGAUUACUCUCAAUGUCGGUGGAUAUCUGUAUGUUACUCAAAAGCAAACACUAACCAAGUAUCCAGACUCUCUUCUGGAAAGAGUUGUAAAUGGGAAAAUUCUAUGUCCUUUUGAUGCAGAUGGCCAUUAUUUUAUAGACAGGGAUGGGCUGCUAUUUAGGCAUAUUCUGAACUUCCUACGGAAUGGAGAACUGCUUCUACCCGAGGGAUUUCAAGAAAACCAACUUCUGGCACAAGAGGCAGAAUUCUUUCAGCUUAAAGUGCUGGCUAAUGCAGUGAAAUCAAGGUGGGAGAAGGAGCAGAUUGCAUCCAGAGAGACUACCUUUCUGGAAAUAACAGACAGCCACGACCGUUCACAGGGCCUUCGGAUUUUUUGCAAUGCUCCUGAUUUUAUAUCUAAAAUAAAAUCCCGCAUUGUUUUGGUUUCCAAGAGCAGGCUGGAUGGCUUUCCAGAAGAGUUUUCUAUCUCUUCCAACAUUAUUCAGUUUAAAUACUUCAUAAAGUCAGAAAAUGGAACUAGACUUGUUUUGAAGGAAGAUAAUACUUUCGUUUGCACCCUGGAAACUCUUAAAUUUGAAGCGAUAAUGAUGGCAUUAAAAUGUGGAUUUAGGUUGCUGACCAGUCUGGAUUGCUCCAAAGGGUCAAUUGUUCACAGCGAUGCACUUCAUUUUGUCAAGUAAUUACUUCUUCAAUCAACAGACAAAAGGCCAGAAGCAUGCAGCCUGUAAAUCUCAUUACAUUUCAAGAAAUCACAAAAUGAUUUAUCCACUACUGUAUACCACAGAGCACUGCUUCUAAUGAAUAAAUGUGAGCUAAUGGUAUGUAAGCUGUAACAUCCAUUUAUGAGUUCUUUGUGCCUAAAUUUAAUAAUAAAAAUAUAUUUACUAAACAUGAUAAAAAUCAGAAUGAAUAUUGAA